AUGAACAUCACAGAGUAUCAGCAAAUUGCAACAGUGCAGUACUGCUUUCCUGACAACAACUCAUCAUGCAAAAAGGAGGUCCGAACAGGCACUGGGAAUAUAUUUUUAUUCACUCUCCUUUCAUUUAUCUCUGUAUGCACUGUGUUUUUGAACCUGCUGGUGAUCAUCUCCAUCUCUCACUUCAAGCAGCUCCACACUCCAACCAACCUGUUCAUCCUCUCUCUAGCUGUGGCUGAUCUUCUCGUGGGACUGAUUGUUAUGCCAGUGAAUAUAAUGCAACUAAUAGACAGCUGUUGGUAUCUUGGUACUAUGGCAUGCAUUGUUAUUCCACUGAUCAAUGUUGUCUCAACAUCAGCAUCUCUCUGUAGCCUGACUUUCAUUGCAGUUGAUCGGUACAUUGCUGUUAAUGACCCUUUGCUUUAUUCCACUAAAAUAACAGUUUGUAAAACAUCAGUGACUAUAAUUUCAGGCUGGUCUCUUUGUUUAUUUUAUGCUAUCACUGUUUUUUACUUUAAUGACCAUCUCCUUCAGUCUCAGAUAUCCAUGAGUUGUUAUGGAGAGUGUUUCACAGUUAUAAAAUAUUCCUGGGUGAUUUUUGAUGUAGUGAUUUCAUUUCUAUUCCCUUGUUCUAUUAUACUCAUCUUGUAUGCAAUCAUUUUUUUUGUGGCAAGACAUCAAGCUAAAGCUGUGAGAGCUAUGUCAAUUGGUCGCUCACAGAUACAUGCUGCCAAAAUUUCAAACUCUUCUCAAACUAAAGCAGCAAAAACUCUUGGCAUAGUAGUAUGUUUUUAUAUUGGAUGCUGGAUACCUUAUUUUUUAAGUUCCCUCUCAGCUGAAAGCUUGUCCUCUGUAUCCCUGUUGUGGACUGUGUUUGGCUGGCUAGCAUACAUCAAUUCUUCUAUAAAUCCCCUAAUAUAUGCUAUAUUUUAUCCAUGGUUUAGAGCAUCAGCUAAGUGUAUUGUUACUUGUAGAAUAUUUGACUCUUCAUCAUCAGGAUUCAAUUUGUUUCCAGAGCAUUUUUAA